AUGGAAACAGCAUCCAUCAAGAUUGAUGGAGAGCAAGUAACGACAUCUAUGGAAUUUCUUUAUGAAAAUUUUAACAUGGCCACAAGCUUUCAAUCACAGCAGAAAGGAGAAACUAUGCUGCCGUUAAAAACUCGAUUAUCAUGGAAUGCAACACGAAUUAUAGCUGCAACUGCUAUGACAAUGGGAAAAGAAUCAAAACGACAUUCUUCUCUAAAAAUGGGAAAUCUUAAUCCACUUGUUAAACUAGUUGAAUAUGCUGUUCGAGGCCCAAUUGUGAUUCGUGCUGGAGAAAUCGAAACUCAACUGAAGGGUAAUCAUAGUUUUCCAUUCGAUCGUGUUAUUCGAGCUAAUAUUGGCGAUUGCCAUGCCAGUGGUAAUCAAGUACCGGUUACAUAUAUUCGUCAAUUCCUUGCUGGUUGUACGUAUCCACCGCUAAUGGAUUCCCCUGACUUUCCAUCGGAUAUUAAACAAAAAGUCGAACGUUUAUUAUCUGUUUGUGGUGGAAAAAGCCUCGGGGCAUACACUGAAAGUCAAGGUCUUAUAGCUGUACGAGAAGAUAUUGCAGCAUACAUACAAGAACGUGAUGGUUACCCGGCUGAUACAAGCGAUAUUUAUCUUUGUAAUGGAGCGUCGGACGGGAUUAAAACAGUGAUUAAACUUCUUAUGAACAAUGAUGCAACAAAACCAUCAGGAAUUAUGAUACCUGUUCCGCAAUAUCCAUUAUAUAGUGCUACUUUAUCUGAAUAUGGUGCUCAUCAAAUAGGAUACUAUCUUGACGAAGAUAAUAAUUGGGCAUUGGAUAUAGAUGAAUUGGAACGAGCCAUCAAUGCAGCAAAAGAUCGUUGUACACCUCGUGGCAUUGUCAUAAUUAAUCCUGGAAAUCCUACCGGUCAAGUUCUUUCACGUGAAAAUAUUGAAAAUGUAGUUCGUUUUGCUCACAAACAUCGAUUGUUUAUACUUGCGGAUGAAGUCUAUCAAGAGAAUGUUUAUUUGCCAGGCUCAAAAUUUUUUUCGUUCAAAAAAGCUUUAAUGGAUCUUGGUGCGCCAUUUAAUCAAAUGGAAAUGGCUUCAUUUCAUUCAGCGUCAAAAGGUUGGCAUGGAGAAUGUGGUUCACGUGGUGGUUAUUAUGAAUUAAUUAAUAUUGAUAAAGAUGUACGAGUACAAGUUAAUAAAUUAAUCUCUGCAUCUCUAUGUUCGGCAGCAUGGGGUCAAGCUAUGAUGGGAGCUAUUAUAAAUCCACCAAAGGAGGGUGAACCAUCCUACGAAUUAUAUAAAAAAGAACGUUUAGAUAUUGUCAAUCGGUUAAAACAAAAAGCUGAACUUGUCAGUAAAUUAUUUAAUUCUGUUGAAGGUGUCAAAUGUAAUGCUGUAAUGGGCGCUAUGUAUGCUUUUCCACGUAUUGAACUACCAGAAAAAGUAAUUAAUCAUGCUAAAUCGAAAAAUAUGGCACCCGAUGCAUUUUAUUGUUUUCAAUUACUUGAAAAAACGGGCAUUUGUGUUGUACCUGGCAGUGGUUUUAAACAAAAACCAGGUACACACCAUUUUCGUACAACAAUUUUACCACCUGUCGAUCAAAUGGCAGAUAUGGUAGAAAAAUUCCGUACAUUCCAUAUGGAAUUUUUGCGUGAAUGGAAAUAG